AUGGGAAUGGAUGUUUUCCCUUCGUCUGCACACUACGCCUAUCUGCGAGUCAGGUGUAAGGAACAGAACUUUUCAACACCUGCCCCUGGGGCUUACGGCUUGGCGCAACCUUUUCAAAUCCAGUCAGUGGACCUGAAUCGGCUUGCCCCUCCGCAGUCAAGUCACCUCGGGACGCCUUCGCGCCAACAAAUGAUGUGUGCAGAAGUCCCAGAGACCGUGCGGCCAGCUGGAUCCUCCUGCUGUGCCUGGUGGAACAAGCAUGUCGAGCAUGGGACUGACAGGGGACUUUCCUCGAAGCUCCUACAUCGCACGCUUGGGACCCUGGAUGGACUGUCCCACUUUCCCGAAUCCUCCAGUCCACCAGUCCGAUUUCUUGUCACCUUCUGA